AUGACGAUCGACAAAUAUGUGAUUUUGGCCAUUAUCUGGAUGGAUGUGGGCGCUCUUGCCUUGCAGUGUUACUCCUGUCAAGGCACGAACGACACCAGCCAGUGUCAAACAACAGCAUGUCCAGAGGUCUGCUUUAAACUGAAAUUGGCAAGUGCCUCGGGAGACAGUUUUGCGAUGGGUUGUGCUUCGUUGCAAGAGUGUUCAGGCUCGGCACCUCACCAUGGGGGCGCGGGGAUAGUCGGCCGAUCAGUGCUGGGGGAUUGCCAUGAGUGCUGCUCCAGUGACUAUUGCAACUUUGCUCUGUGCGACCAUCUUGACCCAUCUGCAUGUGUUGAUGACGAAGCUUAUGACUGUGCAAAACUUCAAUCCAUAUAUGAUAUAUGCAACGGGGAUGCAGAGACGGCUGCGGAAACAUGUCCUCACUUUUGUAAUCUAUGCAACUACCAACCUAUGGUCAUCAAACUCGACAUAAAGGUUGGGCCUGGCCAGCAGAUGACCCAAAUUGAUUUUAGGGGUCGUCGGGCCAAAGGUCAUGAACAGAGUGACCUUUAUCUCGAUAUGGUUAAUAAAGCUUUUUCCAGUGAUAUCUCCACUAUGAAUGUCAAACUUGACAUGGAGGCUGGGCAUGACCAGUUGAUGGUCCCUAUUGAAUUCAGGAGUCAUUGGAUCAUAGGUCAAGGUCAUAGUAACCUUGAAUGUGAAAAUGUUGUUUGA